GUAGUAUUACGUAUGUAGUGCUCACAAAAAAUACCGACUUCAACCCGUUCCAACGGAUUAUACUUUUCGAUGCAUUUCGUUCGUGAUCGUGACCUUGCAUUUGCUAUACGAAACCAGGAACCAAAACAAAAUCCAUGCAUAUGAGAUUCUCAGCCAGAAUUGCUCACAUCUUGUUGACUGAAUUUUACAGAUACGCUACAGAAAUUUUGUACUAAUUAUCUAAUUGAAAAAAAUUAUACCAGAAAGACUCAUGGAGCAAGGAACAGCUUAAUCUACAAAAUUUCUGUUAAGCGGAAUUUACAUUAAAUUGUGUUCGUUUUUAAUAAAAAAAAUAUUUUAUAAUGGGGGAAUCGGUGCCAAGUGUUUUGGAUCCAGUGAUUAUCAGAAAAAUCUGCAGUUUCCUGACCUUGCCGUCGUUAAAAGCAGCCAGGUCACUAAAUUCUCUCUGGAAACGGGAAGCUCGUCCAUUCUUCUUAUCCUUGGCAAAAGUAGCUCUGCUUCCAUCCGCCUGUGACGACGUGGACAAGUGGAAAAAUAAACUGGCCGAGUAUGAAACAAACUUGAGGGAAUACGGUCACAGCAACUUUUUCAUAACGACGGCUGCAUAUUCUGUUGCGGAUUUUAAGUACGAGGAUCAAAUGGUCGGAUUUGUAACGAGACACGGGUCUCAUAUAAAGAACUUGGAAAUCACCAUAAAAUUGAAAUCCACCGACAAUUUCCGCUUCCUCAUCGCAUUCAUGAAAGCUUUGGAGAUGCACUCCGUCAUAACAGACUUGUCCCUUUGUGUCGGGGUUAACAAACAAAACUAUGCCGAGACUGAUCUACCACUCCCACUGCCUCGCCUCCCAUCCUUGCGAAGAUUACAUCUCUCUGUCCCCCCAGGAACGCACUGGCCUUGUCCAACCGUGUCCUCAGAAUGGGAACCAAAGGCAGAUUUCACGAGCAAAAUCAUGAGCAUGUUCCCAUCAAUUACAGCGCUAAAACUAGGUCCAGACUUGCAAACAGUUCCACUAAACUUGGAAUAUCUGACUUGGGUUGGGCGCUGUCUCGCACUUGGGAAGAAGGAGGAAGCAAAAAAGAAAUUGGAGGCUGAACAAAAUGUAGAAGAAAUUAAGGAAAAUCUCCAACCAGAUUCAGAAGAGACAACGAAACUUCUUGGCCCUGAAAUAAUUGCGAAACCAACCACCCAACGACAAACUUCUAUUUCGUUCAAUAUUACGAAAUCUGAGAUCCAUUUCAUAAAUUUGAGGGAGUUGGACCUUUUGGUUACAAAUUCCCAAAUGAUUCAGCUUCUAUUAGGCAUGGAGUUCCUUCCCAUGGAAAAAUUAACGCUACGCUUAGGUCAACAACAGAACGUCGCGACGAGUUGGGAAUCUGUCAAGAGUAGUUUGGAAGGGGUGCUGGAUAAAUAUAGGGAAACUUUAAGUUGCUUAUCGGUUGAACAAUUGGGAUUGCCAGAAUGGAAUGUGUGGAACCUGAGUCUUCCGUUCUGUCCAAAGUUAAUGAGGCUGAACAUUAUGUCAAACUGCACGGUGCCUGGUGAUGACCCUCAAACGGUUGAAGACGCAAAAGGGAGGAUUCGAUUCCAAGAUUUAUUUAGGAUGGGCUCGACAUAUUUGGAGCGUUGUAUUCCAUCCCUGGUCCGAGCGGAUCUCCUGGUAGAGACUUAUUCGAGGGACGUAUUUGACAGACUCCUCCCACAAGAAGGAGUGGCCCAAUUUCCUUCAUUGUCAGAAGUGCUGGUGUCUCUGCCCCCAUCGGCAAAGGACGUUGGUGAACAUUCAUUGUGUACCCAGCGACUCGCCAAUAUUUUUCCUAACGGGAGACAUUGUCUUUGGCGGAGGAGAAGAAGUGACAGUGAUUCCAGGGAUGGAUAGAGUAGAAAAAAAAUGUUGAGCUCAUUAUUGAUUCCAGAUUUUUUAGUGUGUUUGGAAUCUACGAGUACCAGUUUUCAUUUGUAAGUAAAUUGAAGGACGUGGAAAUACAAUAAGAAUGAUAUCUAUAUACAUCUAUGUCUGUAUGUAUGUGAAAAAUGAAGAAAUACAUAGUAUGCAAUGCUGUCCUUUAGUAUUCUUCCCAUAAACAAUUUUAUAUUUAACAUCUAUAAUUAUUUAAUGACGUAUUAAAAUGUCUUAAAUAAGUAUGUA